AUGCCUCGGAGGCCAUUAGGGAGAAGAUUGCCUUUAGCCUUCUCACCUUUUAUGCGUUCUCUUGCCUUUGCUUCAACGGCUAGGCGUAGAUUGCCUCAUCCUAAAGAUUGCCAAUGUUCUGAAGAGAUAUCUUUCGAUGAAAAGAUCCCUAAUUUAUCUCAAAAAGAGAAAGAAAAGCAAAUCUUGGAAUCCUCAGAUGAAGAAGACUCUGAGGGAGAAGUGCAAGCAGACUUUGAGUUCUUCGACCCUAAAGCUACAGACUUUCAUGGAGCCAAGAUCCUCCUACAAAGUUAUCUCGACGACAAGGAGUGGGAUUUGACCGGGUUUGUGGAUUUGAUAUUGGAUCAAACAACGGUAGGAACUGUUGUCAAAGUAGCAGAGGAUGAGGAUGAGUCAUUAUUUGCUCUUGUCACUGCGCUUAACUUGGCAAGAUACAAGGACAAUAAGAGCUUUAGAGAGCUAAGAGAGUUUCUUCUCAAAGUUUGUCCUGAGAAGAAUGUAGCAAGUGAUCUAAAACUGCUCUUAGAGAAAAAGGCGAAAGAUGUUGGUUUAUUGGUAUCUCAAAGGGUGACGAAUCUUCCUCCACAACUCCUUCCUCCACUGUAUGAUGGAUUGUUUGAUGAAAUCUCAUGGGCUACUGAAGACGAGCCAACACAAGAGCUUCGGAGGUCAUUCCACUUCAAGUCAUAUAUUCUAGUCACCAAGAUUUACAAGUUGAAGAAUCCUAAGCAGAAAAACCCUCGGCGUGGUGAAGAAGACAGCGAGGAAACAAUAUUCCUUAAGCCUGAAGAUGAAAUUUUUCUCGAGCUGAGCUCUUGGUCCUUCACAUUCCCUAUGCGCUCGCAGCUCGUUACAGCUCAAGAGAUGAAGAAUUAUCAGCUGACGGGUCUAGUGAUGGUCGUGGAGGCAGAGAAGAUUCCGAAAUUCAGACAGAAGUUGAAGUCUCUCAUUGAUGAGCAAUGA